AAGAUGGUGAUACGUUUGACUUUAUCAUCGCUGGAGGUGGAUCUGCAGGCAGUACACUUGCUAGUAGAUUAUCCGAAGAGAAAAAUUGGAGGGUUCUUCUCUUAGAAGCAGGAGAUUACCCUUCGGGGCUUUCAGAGAUCCCAGCCGCGUUUCUGUUGUUACAAAACACACCUGAAGACUGGGCCUUCCGAACUGAGCCUGGUAACCACUGCAUGGGUUUCAUAGAUGGUCAAUGCAGAUGGCCACAAGGUAAACUCCUCGGUGGCGGAUCUGGUAUCAACGCUAUGUUGUACAUAGAAGGUAACCAAAGAGACUAUGAUACUUGGGCAGCUGAGGGUUGUGGUGAUGGUUGGAACUGGGAGGAAACCCAAAAAUACUACCAGAAACUAAACGCUUUCCGCAACCCAGAAUCUGGUCAAAUGUACAGUUCAGCUAAUCCAUUCAUCACACCACCAAGAGAUGCCCUUUACGAAGCUGUAAAAGAACUGGGCAUGGAUGUCAACCCAGAUCCCGCGAAACCCUGUCGGUAUUUCGAUAGUAACAACACCAUAUAUCAAGCGGAAAGGUUCAGCGCAGCCAAAGGAUACUUACUCCCACUUAAAACCCGUCCCAAUAUCUUCAUAUCAGUAAAAAGUCACGUUAAACGAGUUAUAAUAGAAAACGGAACCGCCACCGGAGUUGAAGUGAUGAUCAACGAUAAACCCAUCAAAGUUUACGCUAAAAAUGAAGUCAUAGUAUCCUCGGGAGCAAUCAACAGCCCUAAACUACUCAUGUUAUCCGGAGUAGGACCAAAAGAACACGUUGAAUCCUUUGGUAUACCAUCAAUAGCAGAUCUACCAGUUGGUGAAAACCUACAAGACCAUCUAAUCGCAGUCGGGGUCAUCGUCAAAAUGCCUUACAACCUUCCAAUGGAUGCUGGUGCAGUGAUGAGAUACUGUAUGAAGAAACAAGGUGCCCUGGGCACAGUCGGGAUGUUAACCGCUCAUGGUUUCAUCAACACCCGCAAAGACUCCGAAUACCCAAACAUACAAAUACAUCAUUUAUACCUAGUUAAGAACGACCCACUUGUUGGAAGUCUACUGGUCCAAAUGGGUUUCAACAAUAUGUCAUUCCACAGUAUCCUUGAAGCUAACAGUGAAUCAGAUACCCUUAUCACAAUAAUAACCCUUCUAAACCCUAAAUCCAAAGGUUGGGUCAAACUCUCAACAGACAACUAUCAAGACCCACCUAAGUUAUACGCAGGAUAUCUUGAUGAGGAAGAUGAUAUGAAUGUCAUGUUGGAAGGAGUUGAUUGGAUCAAGGAUAUUAUCAAGACUACUCCAAUGGCAGGAUCAGAACUACACCAUGUUCUCAUACCCAAUUGUCUUGGAUUUGAAUUCAAUACGGAUGACUACUGGAAGUGUAGUAUGAGAAACCUAGGUUCAACUAUUUACCAUCCUGUUGGUACAUGCAAAAUGGGUAAUGAUACUAGUUCAGUAGUUACACCGGAUUUAAAAGUGCGUGGUGUAAAUAAACUGCGUGUUGUUGACGCUUCGAUAAUGCCGAGAAUCGUCAGCGGUAACACGAAUAUUCCUACAAUUGCCAUCGCGGAAAAAGCAGCGGAUCUCAUCAAGGACGAGUGGAAAUCUAGUGAGAUACUUUAAUUAAUUUUCAAGAUUAAGAUAAUAUUAUAAACAGUGCAUAAAACACCAAAAAAUUAUUAAUUAAUUUAAUUACAUUUAAAAAUUUAUAUUUUUUAGAUGGCGCCGAUUUCGCCAAGAAUCAAAAAAUCCUUGUUAUCCUUAUAGCCAUUGUUGUAUUUGUUCUCUUCUAGAUCCUAUUGUAUUUUAUUUUAUUUUUAUUAUGUUUCUAUUUCUUACUUUAAACUUUUUGUGUUAUAUGUUUGUGUGUGGAUAACCUUGAAAUGACCUACAAAAAUGGAUAGAUUCUAUGAUUCUUCAAGAAAGGACACCAUUCAACCGUUCAACAAAUAAUCAAAUGACUAGAAUAAUAGAUUUUUUUCUUAAUAGAAAAUAGCAAGUUGUUAAAAAUAACACAUGAUUAGCAAUAUAUUCAUUUGGCAACAAUCAUGUAUUUAAAACUAAUUGAUUGUUAUUUACAUUAAUGACUAGUCCAUUAGCAACUUAAAAAUAAAUUAUUACUUACUCGUUUCAA